UUUAAUGCAUUUAGUAUACCAGAAGCAUGGGUGAUGGUGUAGUAAAAAAUGGUGCAUACAAAUAUGAAGAUGGUACAAAGUAUGUUGGGGACUGGAAUGCAAAGGGUUUGAAACAUGGUGCUGGUUCUUUGCUCCUCCCUGAUGGAACACGUUAUGAUGGUGGUUUUCAAAAUGGGUUGUGUUCUGGCUUGGGAGUUAUAGUGUUCCCAGAUGGAGCAAAAUAUGAAGGUGAAUUUAUGCAAGGCUGGUUUCAUGGUCAUGGUGUAUUUUGGAGGUCAGAUGGAAUGAAAUUCGAAGGAGAAUUUCGUGGUGGCCGUGUAUGGGGUCUAGGAUUAGUUACAUAUGCAGAUGGAUCACAUGGUUUUCCUAGAAAUGAAGGUUUCUUUCAAGAUUGUAAACUUGUACGCCGUAGACAUUGUCCAGACAUAGUACAGAAGGCACAGAAAAUCUCUAUGAUGGCUCGUGCCCAAUGCAGUUAAAUA